GGUGCAUGCUCGUGAUAGCUCAAACCCCAACUUGGUUCCUGAUGUUGACACUACUGUCUUGCCUUAUGUUAGGGUCAGGGCAUGACAACGUGAUGGACCCGUCCUAUCCACAGCAACCCUUGGUUCCUUCAUUCCAAGCGACGUGUAGCCGUCAUCCUACCCUACACCGCCCAACCGGGUACCCGCAUCCAUGGUAGUUGUUCCUUCCCAGGCUUCUCGUAUGUACUCCCAUUGUCUCUCACCUUCUCAGUGCGCCCACCCAAUUACACAUUGUGUAUAUGAUACUUUCAGUCCGACGCUCCUUCAUCAAUUCAUCGUAGCACCAAAGCGCCGUUGGGCUAGUGGUAUGCUAUCGCCUUCC